AUGAACACGAGUAGGAAGAUAACUAACCCAAGACUCACUCGACAACUCAAGCAAUCCUACAAACUACUCCAUCCUACAUCGAUCAGAUUCAUCAGUCACCUCACUCAUCCGGACCAUCCAGUCCCGCAAAAUGUUCAACAUCGAAUUGAAAGAUGGUCGAAAUCUAUGCUCACACCGUACGCUCGACCGCCGAUGAUACUCUCGCAUGGAAAGGGAUGUAAAGUCUGGGACACUGAAGGUCGUGAAUAUCUAGAUUUCACCGCCGGAAUCGCUGUCAAUGCUCUUGGCCAUGCGGACAAAGAAGUCGCCGAAAUCAUGUAUCAACAGGCCCAAAAACUAGUACAUUGUUCGAACCUCUAUCAUAACGACCAAGCCGGUGAACUAGCCUGUACUCUGGUCAACCUUACCAAAAAAUUUGGCGGAUUGGGCUAUCCCCCUCUCGCCGAUUCAUCCUCGGUUUCCGCCCAUCAAGAAAGCCCUCAGGAUCAUAAAGUCUUCUUUGCCAACUCCGGCGCAGAAGCUAAUGAAGGCGCUUUAAAAUUUGCAAGGAAGUGUGGGAAGAUUGAAGAGCCCACUGGGUCCAAGCACGAAUUGAUCUGUUUUACAAAUGGCUUUCACGGUCGGACGUUUGGAGCCCUAUCAGUGACCAACCAACCAAAGUACCAGCUUCCGUUUGCACCCCUACUACCUGGAAUCAAGCCUGGUAACUUGAAUGACAUCUCUGCCUUAACCGAGUUGAUCACCCCAAAUACGUGCGGAGUGAUUGUAGAACCAAUUCAAGGAGAAGGUGGUAUUCUGGAAGCUUCAGAAGAAUUUUUGAGAGCAUUGAGGCAUCGAUGUGACGAAGUCAAGGCGGUGUUAAUCUAUGAUGAGAUCCAAUGCGGACUGGGAAGGACCGGGAACCUUUGGGCCCACGGAUCUUUACCCACAGAUUGUCACCCCGACAUGCUUACAAUGGCAAAACCCUUGGCUAACGGUGUCCCCAUAGGCGCGGUUAUGAUGCGAGAUAACGUAGCCAAGAAGAUUGCAAUCGGUGAUCAUGGUACCACAUUUGGAGGAGCACCUCUACAGACAGCGAUUGCGAAACACGUUUUGGAAAGGAUUUGCAAGGAAAGUUUCAUGGAUCAAGUCCGAGGGACAAGUGAAGUAUUGAAGAAAGAAUUGAACCGAUUGGUGGCUGAAUAUCCCAACAUACUUACCGGACCGGUGCGAGGGAGAGGCUUGAUCAUGGGCUUAGAAGUCAAGAAUCUCCAGUCGGAAGAUCACGCCAAGCAGAGUGAACCAACAAUCUCGCAGAUCAUUAACUUGUCUCGUCAGAACGGCCUCCUGUUAUUGAGCUGUGGUCAAUCUAUCAUCAGAUUCGUCCCCUCCUUGAUCAUCUCUCACUCUGAAGUUUCUCAGAUGAUUCUAAUACUCGAAAAAGUCUUGGCACAUUUAAGCUCACCCAAAGUUUGA